AUGGACGUGGAUGUAGACGCCAGAGAAGCUACGAAUACCUCUGGAUCCGGCUUUUAUCCGGUGCGGGAAGAGGAUGAUGACGAUAUUUCGAUGCGAUCCCCGUUAUCUGCGAUGGACGACCAUGAUAUGCACGAUGAUGAUGACGAGGACGAUGAGCAGAGUGACGACGAGCGCAAUGACUUCGAGGAGCACCACCAUCUCCACAUUUCUCGUCGUACGGGUGGUCAUGGAACGAGUCGCCGUACAUCUUCGAAUCGUCUGUGGGGGUCUCUUGACUCGGAGCUUUCGAUUUUGGAUGCGCUGGAUGAAGUUGACGAAGAAGAGUUCUCCUACUUGUUCAUGCUCGAUGAUGAGGCGCUCUUUGCCGAAGAGCAGCGACGUCGCGCUCGUCUUGCAUCAGCUCGGAACGCCAGACCGAGUAGUAAUAGUGCCAGUGAAGGAAGUCAGCAGUCCAGAAGCUCCGAGGACAGACUCGAGUCCAUGCGUGAUGCCCUUGGGUUGUACAAUAGUAAUGGUGGUAGCGUAUCAAGCUCUUCUACUAGCGGACAGACUCUCGUGCUCACGUUUGGUGAUUACAUUGAAGAGCUACCAGAUAUGCUCGACGAUGACUUCCUCUUUGAAUCAUUUGAGGCCGGUGGAAGAGGCGAUCGAUCGCGUCGUGAACGCCAACUAGGCCGCCCGGGUGGCAACGGUGUAGAUCAAUUCACUGCAAGUCCAACGACCCAUCCGUUGCUGCGCAUGAGUGGACGUGGAGACGCGAUUUUGCUGGAUUCGAACGGAUUGUUGCGUAACCCUGGCAGGUUUUCAGUACCUCGCCAUUCGUCUCUUCUGCGUGAGCUACAAGAGCUGACUGACCAGGUUCAGACGCAACUGCCGCUGGGUGGCAACCGAUCCCGGUUGGUUGUGGGGCGUGACAUGCUGCAACGUGCCGGCGCAGGAAGCCGGGGGCGGCCUCCAAGUCGGAUUAACCGUUUGUCUGCCGUAUCAAAUUUGCUGAGCGAGUUCUCAUUGGAUAUCCCGACGUCAACGUUGCCCUCUCGUAGCCAACGUAUCGGCUUCCGACGAGGUGAUCGCGACAUUUUUAGUGACGUUUUUGUCGGCGUUGAUUUAUCACGUGGAAUUGGUAUUCGCGGUGGCAAUAUCAUGGGCGGCACAGCUUCCAAUCCGGCAAUUUGGGGUCCUGGCGCAACAUAUCACGCGCAUUUGUGCUGA